GCCUACCUGUGUCUCUAAAAUAUGUCCAGUUUGUUUUGCUGGUUUCGCUACCCAAAUAAACUCUGUCGCUGUAUAGAAAUAAUAACAACUCAUCAUCAACACAAAUCGUUGCGGAGCUAGAAAUCGGACGCUGGAAUGAAGUUAUGGCUUUGUUGGAAAUUAGCAAACAACCCUGUCGUAUUUGCUUCGAUACAUCGGACAACACGGUUCCGUUAAGUUGGACCGAAAACGGGACGACCUUGGCGGAGAUGUUGUGCAAGUGUGUCAUAUUGGAAUUUCACGAACACGACGGACUUCCGUUUCAAUGCUGUGUGAGGUGCAAAGAUGACUUGAUAGUGGCCUAUCAAUUGCUGGAGCGAUGUAGGCAGUCCGACACGAAAUUCCGGCUCCAGCUAGAGGAGAACAAAUCAGUAGUGAGGGAAGCUGGUUAUACAUAUCCAGUAAGUGAAGAACUUGUCAAUGCGAAGAUUGAAAGUACUAUCGAUUUUGAUUAUAAUGAUCCAUUCAAAAAGGAAGAAGAUGAUAGUACUUCGGAGGAAGAUGAUGACAAGGAAGAUGCUGAUUUUGUGCCAGAUGAAGAAGAUGAUGGCCAAGAUGAUGCUGAUAACAAGGAAAAGAGUGAUGAUCACAAGGACGAUGUAGCAGACAAAUCUAUAAUGCCAGAUAUGCAAACCGAUACCGAUCGCAAUGACAUAUCGGAACACAAACGCAGGAAGUACGUUAGACGGAAAGUAGCAUCAAUUCCUAAAAGGUGCUGCAAAUGUAAGAUUCGUUUUGAAAGCUUAGAAGAGGCAGAGCAACAUUCGACAAUGCAUUUAGAUUCCCGGCAAACUGAUCCACAGAAAAUUGCUGCUCGUCCGUAUGAAUGUAACGCCUGCUACAAGCGAUACACCAAAAAGCGAGCAUUGCUAUUCCACCAGCGAGAAAUGUAUGAAGAUAAACCUUUCGAAUGCGAUGAGUGCGAACAGGACUUCCACUCCGAGGAUCAAUAUAUUAGCCACAAAAAACUACAUAUCAAGGAAGCCGAUGAUCGAAAGAAACAGUUACCGAAAUGCUGCGCAUGCUAUCAACAGUUCGAUUCAGAAGAAAGCCUAAAAUCGCACUGCAAGGAAGUGCAUCUGCCUGAAAGCCAACCCACCGAUGAUUCCAACGCCAAUGAUUAUCCUUGUCCCACUUGCUACCGUCGCUACAAAACUCGGCGAUCGCUGUUGAACCAUAAGUUGAAACCUUACCGUACCAAACAAUACCAGUGCUCGCAGUGUGGGAGAAUUUUCAGAGACAAAUGCGCUCUCUCGGACCAUGAGCGGUGCCAUCAGGGAGAACGUCCCUUCGUGUGUCCCAUAUGCUCGAAAUCGUUCGCAAUCAAGGAUUCCUUCCGGAAGCACGUCAAAUCGCACGCCAUCGAAGAUGAUCACUUCAAGUGUGAAACCUGUGGCAAGGGUUUCAAAACGAAGGGUAAUCUGAAAGACCAUUACAUUACGCACGUGACGGACUACCGUCCGUUGGGAUGCACUCUGUGUUCGGCCACUUUUGCGCGGAAGUCCUGUCUGAAGUCCCACAUGCGGAUGCACACCGGCGAGAAACCUUUCAAGUGUCACCUGUGCGAUGCAAGUUAUGCGUUUUCGAGCGAUUUGAAGCGGCACAUAAUGGCGCACACCGGAAUCAAACCGUACAUUUGUAACGUGUGCGGAAGGGGAUAUCCGAGGCAGGAUUACCUACGGAAGCAUUUAGCGGCACACAAUUAUAAUAAUAGUGCAUCCAACAGUUAGUCUAGGAUUCAAUUAAAUUUUACAAUAAAAUUAUUGUAUAGUCGCA